AAAAUAAUCUGUAGAUUUGAGACAUGCGCAGAUGCGGGAUGAUGCCAUAUUGGACACACACACAUCCACACACACACACACACACAUACACACAUACAGCUCCUGCUUCAACCAGAACACCGGAUCACUCAUUUCAGAUUGACGGGGGAAAACACGCAUAAGGCAUGGAUUGUGUAGAGGAGGAGGUGGAUUUUAACUGGGAGGAGUACCUCGAAGAGACUGGAGCCACUGCUGCCCCUCACACUUCAUUCAGACAUGUGGAGCUCAGUCUUCAGAGCAGUUUUCAGCCCGGAAUGAAGCUUGAAGUAGCUAAUAAGGGCAGUCUGGACACAUAUUGGGUGGCCACCAUUAUAACCACAUGUGGUCAGUUGCUAUUGUUACGCUACUGUGGCUAUGGCGACGACCGCAAGGCUGACUUCUGGUGUGAUGUCAUGACAGCCGAACUUCAUCCUGUCGGCUGGUGCGCUCAGAACAACAAAACGCUUCAGCCGCCUGAAGAUAACGUUUACCUCAGAGCAGCUAUUAAAGAGAAGAACAGUGACUGGACUGAGUUUCUAAUCAAAGAGCUCACAGGUUCACGGACAGCACCGGCAAACCUGCUUGAAGGGCCAUUAAGAGGUAAAAACACAGUGGAUCUGAUUGUGGUAGGCUGUGUUUUAGAGGUGCGUGAUGCAUGUGAACCCAACGUGUACUGGGCAGCACGAGUCAAGAGUAACAUCGGUGGACGUUUAUGUCUCAGCUAUGUUGGAUUAAAUGACCCCGCCUACGACAUGUGGAUGUUUUACCUUGACACCAGGCUCCGCCCCCUGGGUUGGGCCAAAGAGAAUUAUCUAUCAAUCAAACCACCCACAGAUCUGUGUGAUUUGAGGAGCAGCUCAGAAUGGACUGAAGCUUUAGAAGAAGCCACAGCCGAAGCCUUGAAAAGUCCCCUUCCACUGGAGGUUUUCAAGGAUCAUGCUGACCUACACACACACUCCUUCAGGCCAGGAAUGAAACUUGAAAUGGUGACACCCAAAGAACCCUUCCACAUCUGCCCUGUGUCUGUAACUAAAGUCUAUAAUGAAUGCUACUUUCAGAUCACAGUUGAUGACCUCACAGCUGAAGCCACUCCCACAUGCGUGGUGUGUCACGCUGAUUCACCGGGCAUCCUGCCAGUGCAGUGGUGUCUGAAGAAUGGUGUUGGACUGGAGAGGCCACAAGGUUUUGAGUCACAGGACUUCGAUUGGGCGGACUAUCUCAAACACACUGGCACUGAAGCAGCUCCAGACGUGUGUUUCCCAAACGCGUCUCAGAGCAGGGGCUUCUGUAAGGAUAUGUGGCUUGAAGCCGUGAAUCCACUCCAACCUUCCGAACUCUGCGUUGCUCGAAUCACUCAGGUCAAAGGUCGACUUCUCUGGCUCAGACUGGAAGGUCUGACCAAGCCGUUACCGGAUUGUAUAGUGGAUGUUGAGAGUAUGAAUAUCUUCCCUGUGGGCUGGUGUGAAGCUAACGGCUAUCCACUAACACAUUUACAAAAGACAGUCUGUCUGCCUCAGAAGAAGAUUGCUGUUGUUCAGCCUGAGAAACAGUUGGUCCCCUCACAGCCACCUGAUGCCCCUCUUAACCUGUGCUCAUCCAUCGCCAUGGACACAGGUUUGGUGAAUGGAAAGUACUGUUGUUCUCAGCUCUUCAUCAAUCAUCGCUGUUUCUCUGGUCCGUAUCUCAACAAAGGCCGAAUCACUGAGUUACCAAAGGCUGUGGGGCCCGGCAAGUGUGCUGUAGUCCUCAAAGAGAUCCUGACAAUGUUAAUAAACUCAGCGUAUAAACCUGGCCGUGUGCUCAGAGAACUACAGAUGGUGGAAGACCCACAGUGGAACUGUCAGGAAGAAACCCUGAAAGCCAAAUAUAAAGGGAAAAGCUAUCGGUCCAACAUGAGGAUCGUGCGAACAGCAGAUCAAGUGUCAGAGUUUUGUCGUCGAGUAUGCGAGAGACUUCAGUGUUGUCUGAAUCUUUUCGGCCCAACAAUCGUGUCCGACAAGUGCCCUGAAAACUGCUUCAGUCAGACCAAGACCAAAUACACAUAUUACAAGAAGAGGAAAGUUGGACGGCCAAGUUUAGGGGAGAAUGCUCAGGAUGGUGACAUGACCAAACCAGCACGACGGCGGAAGAAACGCAAGGCCAUCUUUGUCCAGAAGAAACGGCGCACUUCCAUUGUAGGAUACCAAACCACAGAGUCACCUCAGGAUAGCGAUUAUUACUAUGAUGAUGAGGAAGAAGAUUUUGAGGAGUGGGGCAGUGAGGUUAGUUCCAGCUCAACGCGUGAGGAGAACUCCUUCAAGGACGUCCCGAAGAGAGGAAGACCACCGCGCCGGGCUGCUCUCCAGCGCAGGGCGACCCAUCCAGGGCCGGAGACAUCAGACAGAUCCUCUCCCAGAAGAACCACACGCUCGGUUUCUUACAGCCAGAACCAGACGGCCAAAAACACAAAGACUGAGAGUUUUGAAGAGGAAGAUCGUCUGGUGUUAGAGAGGAAUCCUCUGGAAUGGAGCGUCUCUGAUGUGGUUGACUUCAUCACAUCCACAGAUUGUGCCUCUCUGGCAAAGAUAUUCCAAGAGCAGGACAUUGAUGGCCAGGCCCUGUUGCUGCUGACGCUUCCUACAGUCCAGGAAUGUAUGGACCUAAAGCUCGGCCCCGCCAUCAAACUCUGUCAUCAGAUCGAGCGAGUCAAAGUGGCCUUCUACUCCCAGUUCGCUAACUAAGCUAACUUUCUGCCUCGGUGGACGUUAAUCAACAGAGACCUAUGUAUUGUACUCAGGGGAUGUAAAGAGUCAUUCCAUCCAUCAGGAAGCCUCAGGUUGCCUCAUACCGAAUGGAUUAUUAUUAUUUUUUUCAUCAUUUGCCUUCAAUAUGAGAUUUAGUCAUGGAACAUGACAUUAUUUCUGCUUUCCCUGCUAAAGAAAACCUACCCGGACUCCCAGUCUAGUCAAACUGGUGUUUAGAGGAUUUGUUCGGAUGGUUAGCUGGAAAAGUACCAAAAACCUCUUAAAAAGCCAUCAAAAUAGACCAGCCUGACCAUGCUUCAACAACCUCACACUCUUGAAAAUAAAAGAUCCAAAAGGUUGCCAUAGAUAAGUUCUUCUUUCAUUUUUUUCUUAGUGUGAAUCACAUUUUAGAAAAAGAAAUGUUUUCCACUAUAAAGAACCAUUUAUGUUAAGCACUGAUGCCAAUAAAGAAUCUUUAUUUUUUAAGAGUGUAGUUUUUUUUUUUCAUGAGUGUGGUGAAUCUAGAGGAGGUUUAGGAAAUCCAGAUGUUUCAGAGGACUGUUUAAAUGUUUGGAUGAAGAUCUCGGUGGUAAUAAGGACACAUCUAAACUGUGAAAAACCUCCAACCCCUGAGUUUACUGCAGAACUAUCGGAAAUUUUAUUAGUCUUUUAAGACCAAAUGAUAUUUAUAACUGCAAAUGACAUAUGAAGUAUUAACUAAUAAUUGUAAUAUUUAUUUUAUUCUAAACUAUUUUUAUAAUGUUUGUUUAGAGCUUAGACGCAAUUUAACACCUGAAAAAAAUCUACUUGGGCAUUAUGAAUUCGGGAAUAUUAGUAAUAUAAGAACUGAUUUAAAUGAAUUAAAUGUAUGUUAAACUUAUGUUGUGUGUGUGCAUGAAAGCUGGGGUUCAUGCAUAUACAUAUAAAUCCACACAUAUCGAUUUUCCCAUGCCUUUUGUUUGUCGAAUGCAACGUUUGUUUCUCUUUCAAAUUCAAGGGCAAUUAUAUUUCUGAGGAGCUGCCUUUUGUCACAGCUUAUGUAUAUUGUAUGUAAAUGUCAUUUGUGAUCUAUGCAAAACUGGAUAUGUUUUCUAUAUAUUUUUUGUUGUAACGAUUUUCUUAGUGAUAUAUAUUUUUACUUCACUCCGUUGUAUGACACAUACCUUGUUUACAAGUAGAUUGUAUUCAAAACUGAUUAACUGCUGUUGAAAUAUUUUCAAUCAUCAUUGUGUCCAUUUUCAAUGCUUAAAACGUUGCAAUAAUUAAAUAUGGUUCAUGUUUGAAAGUCCCGGAAAUAUAAACUACACCAGCUGUCCAUUAUUUUGACUCGCUGCUCAGUUUGUAAAUUCAAACAAAAAUGGCAUAGAGCAUGCUUUCAGUGGAAGUCUACAGGACAAGGCACUUCUAAUGGGAUAUUAAAGUGAUUUUAUUAUAUUA